GGUGUUUUAGCUGGUGUUCCCUUUUUCAAUGAAGUUUUUAGUCAGUUAAAUUGCAGUGUUGAUUGGUUUUUGGAAGAAGGGGAAUGUUUUGAACCAGUAAAAGAGAUUGCUCAUGUUACUGGUAGAGCGUGUGACAUAUUAUUGGGUGAACGUACUGCAUUAAAUAUUCUUGCGAGAUGCAGCGGUAUUGCAAGAAGGUUUAAUUUAUAUUUAUUAUCAAUCGAUCUUAAAGAAUUUGAUCCUGAUUAUUUCGUAACAAAUUGUCAUAAAUGGUUAUAUACUGUUAGAGGAUCUGCGCUUUUAUAUGUGCCAUUUAGAAAUCAAAAAAACAUUCGUCAUCCUAUUGUUAGUGCUCUUUGUAAUAGUGGAUUUGUUAAGGAAUUUUCUUGGGUUGGUACGCAAGACUUUAGCUCUUAUCUGACAAUUCAUCAUGCUUUAGCAUUCCGUAAAAAACUUGGUGGCGAAGAUAAGAUUCAGUCGUAUUGUAGGAAUUUGGCUAUUAAAGGUGGUAAACUAAUUGCUUCCAUUCUUAAUACAGAAAUAUUAGGUCCUGAAUCAUCAAUUGCUCAUAUGGUCAACAUUCGACUUCCAAUUAAAGUCGAUGAUGGGAAACCAAAUAUAUUUGAAUCAGAAUUUCACGAAUUGAUGUUUAAUAAAUAUAAGUGGUACGUUAGGUCGGAUAAGCAUGCAAAUAAGGUUGAU